AUGCCAAUUGUAUACAAUACCGCUCGGCAUUAUCAAGGUGCUCAGGCCCUUAGAGAUCAUCAGGCGGAAGAUCAGUUAGCUAUGUAUAAAAAGCAAGUAAUCGAAAAACAUGGAAAAGAAAUUGACGAAACAGAAACAGUGAAAAUAAGUUUGUAUCAAUCAAUGACCACUGCUUUACUGUUAGAACCGGAAGAAAUAAAAAAAGAUGAAAGGACCACGAAUAAUAUUCUUGAUACAAUACUCGAUUUAACAAUAGAAACAUCCCAAUCAGCAACGCUAAGAACAGACACUCUCUUACAUAUAUCGGAAUUGCUUGUCGUCUUGACUAAGAUAUUCGUGAAUGACGAUGUGGUCGAUUACGUUCUGAAACACGCUCAAGUAAAAAAUCACAUUCUAUUACCGUCGAGAGUACAAUUUUUCUGUGAUCUCCUAAUACGUACUAGAAUCGACAAUCAAAGCGACAAUUUAUUACAACUCACAUGUAUUACAUUAUUUAACAUUCUGUGGAGUAUUUCUUUCAAUGAUAAAUAUCAAACAGAAAUGAAGCAAAAUGAGCUAUUUGUAAGUACGAUAAAAGCGACUGCUGAGAAAGAAAAUAAUGAAGAGUUAUUUGCACAAUACAGCUUUCAGAAACAUUUAUCAAACAUAAAAAAAGCAGCUGAUGGAAUACUAUUUAAUUUAAACCUCAAAAACAUCUCAAAAUUACCGACAACGCAUUCUACGAACGCUAGUUCCUCUAUUUUUAUUAGUUACUCACAUGCCGAUAAAGUAUUUUGUAAAACUUUGAUCGAUACUUUACAACAGUCGUCUAAACAAACGCAUUUCUGGGUCGAUUUUCUUAACAUUAAUAGUGCAGCGGUACACUCUAAUGAUUUGUGGGAGGAGAUUGCUGCGGCUAUCGAAAAAGCAGAUGCCAUUAUUUUGAUCAUGUCGAAAAACUACUACGACAGUAAAUCGUGUCGGCAAGAACUAUCAUACGCCAAAGACAUGCAGAAAAAGCGAAUAAUACCGAUAUAUAUGCAGAAAGAGUACAAGCCAACGGGAUGGUUAGGCAUUCGAACAGCCGGCUUAGCUUACAUCGAUUUUAGUAAAAAAGCGUUUGACAUCGCAUUUAAAGAACUGAGUGAAAUCCUAAACAAAUCAGCUGAGGUCAUCCCAAAACGAGAGCAAGACUGUACGUUAGCAGAUAGUGAUCCGAAGCCUACAGCGUCAAUUGAUUCGAAUAGUUCGACAGCAUUAGAAAGACCUAUAACUACUUGA